GUAUACGAAACUAAUUGAUUGAACUCGAGCAGCUCGGGUUCAGGGAUAGCCUAUUUAAGAUACAGAAGUUACAAUGUACUGUAUAAAUGCAGUGUGCGAAGUUAGCUUACCUGCCAUCAGGCCUUGUGGUAUUUUACGUGAUGUUUGAAUUAAAUGCGAGUAAAUCGCAUCAAGAACAUGAAGAAAAGCAGAUAAUUGUGGCAGAACAUUGAUGAUGAAAACCUCAGACUCUGACAUGACAAACCGACAUGAGUGACAGGUUUCCAGAAGAGAGCCAAGUAGCCCACACCACCAAGUGAAGAUGGCUUUCUAUUCAUCACAGGUGUUCUUCUUUGAUCAGAAGAUCAUGCUGAAGCGUAAGAAGCGCAGACGGAAACACCCGGAUGAGCUUCCACGCAGCUUACGCUUUGCCAACCUCAACCCCCGCCUGGCUGCAUUCUUGUCCAGCCAGGAGAGGCAGAAGAACAAGAAAGCCCUCGAGGGGGAAGGCGGGGAGGAGGGGCAAGAUGCGGAAGAUGACAGGGGGGCGGAUGGCCUCCUCAAGCAUGGCCACGCCCGGCGGGGCAGCCUGGACAGCCUCGACGAGGGAGAGUACUCCCAGCGGCAGAUGUACCACGAGGCCGUGGUGGCUGCCCCAACACUCCUUGUCCAAUUGACUAAAAUCCUCUACCUCUUUGAGAACGAGCAGCUGGACCUCCCGAGGGAGUUGGUGAACUACCUCCAGAGCAGUUACCGUGACCUCACGGCCGAGGUCCAGUACACACGCUAUGAGUGGCAGUGCCCUGAGAACGUCCCCCGGGAGGAUGCCAAGGAAGGAGAGGGUGGGGCUAAGAAGCAGUCAGAGGGAGACCAACCCCCGGACGAGAAUGGCAAAGAGGGGGACAAGGGAGAGAAAAAGAAACGACGGAAGAAGAAAGUGGAGGAAGGGGAGGAGGAGGGCAGGGCGGGGUCUCAUUCAGUGAUGGACAGCGCCCUAGGGAGUGUGAGGGAUGCACAAGGGGGUGCCAGCAGUGUAGCAAUGAGCUCAUCUCAACGAAUCAAAGCUAAGACAGAAAAGGGCAAAGUUGACAGAAGGGCAUCUACGAGCACCUCCAACCAUCGCUUGUCAGUCGUAGGUAAGGUGGGAGGCGAUGCAGGCACCGCAGUUGGAGAAGCCCCCUCAGAAGUUGUGCACCAGCCCAACUUCCUACAGGUCAUUAGCUUCUCCAUGUCGUCCAAGGUGUGCGAGGAGAAGGGCUGGAUCCUUGAGAAGGAGGAGACGGAGAAAGAGUUUGAGCAGCGGACCGUUCUGGAAUGGGCGCGGGAGCGGCUCCAGCAGGCCAUGGGUCUAGCAAAGGAGCAGCAGCAAAGAGAGAAGGACGUGGGGCGGGAUCGACCGCUGCUGCUCCGUUACUAUGGUGACGCCAAGCGGGAAGCCAUGCUGAAGUACACAAGCAAGCGAGGGAACAGCAAGCCGCAGAGCUACAGCGCUGGCCGCAUCGUCGCUCCCAGGCUGCCCGGCCAGGCGGCGCUGCCGCCAGGCAGCGCCAGCCAGCACAAGGUUAUCACGGGCCUGCCAGACGGAACCAUGAACGUCUUCUACCCUUCGGGCAAGUUGGCCAUUAUCCUGAGCAAGGCCGGUUUUGGCAGGCCAGGCUACUACACCAUUGUGUACAACGACAACACCAGCCACGACAUGCUGGCCGAGUUUACGCCCACCGGUAGAGGGACAUGCUAUCACCCAAACGGAAUGGUCAGAUUUCUCAGCACCGAGAAAAUGGGAAUGCAGAUGGACACCGAGGGUGCGGUCAUACGCAAGUGGGAGUGGCCCCUGCCGCAUCUGCGCAUGGCCACACCUAUCUUCUUCCACCUCAACCACAACAUCAGCUUCCGCUGCCACAACCGGACCCAGAUGACACUGUCCUUCCUGUGCCACAAGGAGUCGGCCAAGAUCCAAGUGGGCCAGGUGCUGAUGGCCAUUGAUCCGGUCACCCAGGAGGACUUGGGUUAUCUGGAGAUGGAAGAGAAUUUUCAGUCCAACGCUGCCAAGGAGAGCAUAAGACCCCCGCCGAUCAUCAAGAAGCCUCCAAAACGUGAGCCGCAGCGCUGGAAAGCCAAGGGCACGCCCAUUCUGAAUCCCAAAGCGCCCAAGCCCAAUGCUUUCAAGGAACAGGUGGCCGAGAUCGUCAAGAACCUGGUAAUUGAAGACCGGACGGAGUACGGGAUACCAGCUGAGAAAGAGCUGACUGUGCUUGCAAGAAAGACAAGGAUUGCCUGUGAGGACUGGAUGGACCAUUACCGUAUGGCAGUCGGAAUGCAACUCAUCAGCACAGCUGCUCCGUCCAAGCGGAGAAAACGAGGCGUCCAGUCUGCGAAGGCGGCCCCCACGCAGAAUUUGGAGGAGGGUGUGGCCGAGGAGGAGCAAGUGCACAAGGCUCAGGCUGCAAAAGCCAGGGUGCCUUCCGCACCGGCCGUCACUUCACACAAGAAGCGGCCGUUCAGCACGGUAUCAUCGCUGUCGAUGGGCAGAAGCAGUCGGUCCACGAGCACACGGGCCACCGAGAGGCGGGAGAGGGUGCGCGUGGAUGUGGAAGAUCACAGGGGUGUGUCCAAACCAGGCACGCCCGCAAAGUUUUCGACCAUAAGCGGGCAUGUGGCUGGCAGUGGUGAUCGGUCUCGUAGUCCAGCUAGCAGGAUUGCCAUGUCCACUGUCAGCACUGACAGGAAGAAACCAUCUCCGCUAACCGGCUGCCCUAUUGCACUGCGGGCGGAGAUGCUGGGUGAUACCAUAGCAACUUGCCGCUGCAGCCGCCACCGCAUCCCCAGCAUCAACGACCUGGAGCUGGAGCGUUUCCUGGCCUCGGAGGUGCCUCGGUCCCAGCUGGUCGUGGUCUGCAUGACGUCCUCCCUGCUGCCAGAUGGACUGCCGUGCGCCGACAUGCUGCUACACUUGUACGAACGGCAGAAUAAGAACAGAACCAAACCAUGCUACCAGAGCCGCAGUGAUCCGUAUCGAUUAUUCUUGUACGAUGUGGCGGUAGCAGCCCAGUACACAAGCAAUGAUAUACCAGAGCUCUUCACCCGACACAAUGCCGUCCCAGGAAUGUUUCUGAUCUAUGCCAACUCCAGGCUCCUGUUUUGCGACCACAUCUUCAACGGCUACGGCAACGCCAGAAAGGACUUUGAGAAGCAGAUGUUGAAAUCCAAGCGGGAUGCCACACUGGGCAGAAUACUGCCGCCGGACUUCCACUUCAGCCCCACCUAUGGCCGUCGUGGACCUCGCUCUGCCUGGGGGGGUGAGAUUGGGGGGGCCAGGGAACGUCGGUUCUCAGGCUUCCCUCGGCUACACUCUAGCCAGGGCGGCAGCCAGCAGAGGUCAUCAUCAACGUCCAGUCUCGACCAGCAGAGCAGGUCGUCCAGCACCGUCACCAGCCUGGAGCAAAUAACGCUGCUCAGGCCCGGGACAAGGCACCCAGAAAGCUCAGCAGCAGAGUACAUGUCACUAAAUCUCUCGUUCAACGGCGGUAUGCAAGUAGCUUCGUGAGGAGAAAUCCAGACGGACGGUACACCCAGACCGGACGAGUGUGUCAGGCCUCUGAGAAGCACAGGCCGGUUUGGAUUCUACAGGAGUUGGCUCUCGAGAUGCAAUAGAAGUGCCUCAUAUACCUCAAAGGAGGUCUUUUGUUCCUAGGUCAGAAUCGGCAACUAUUGACAGGGUCUGCAACAGUAGGCCCUUCGGAAGUGGGUUUAUCUUUUAUAUAGAACCCGACGACUUCAGUGAGCCUGUACCGGUACAUCAAAGAUCUCUUGUGGUGUUUUGUUUUGAAGACUUGAAGUUUGCCAAAAUGGUCUUGCAUAGGGAUUGUGUAUUUUGUGGAAUGGAAUGUAAUUAAUAUAAAGGUUGUUUGUAUGGUGCUCUUUAAGAGUUUAUAUUACAUCACUUCGUCUGUGUGUGUUGGCGUUUUCAAUGCACCAUUGCUAUUUUCUGCUGUGCACUUGCUGGUGAUACAGUUGUGGGAACAUUUGGGUGAUUGUGUGUGUAGCCUCUGUGCCGUGUCGCAGGCAUGAGGACGCUGUUCACGUGUGAUGUGCCCUAAAUAAGAUAUCGGUUCAUAGGCAUUGUGCCAUUUUGUCAGGAAUUUCAGGGCCAGUCAGUAACGCUACACUGUUGAAAAAAGUUAAAGAGGUAUCUCUAAGGAAAACAUUAUUCUCUGAUUUCAU